AAGGGGCCAUCAAAAUGAUGUCUUAUAAUGUUGCUGGCUUACAGGCCUGUAUCAAAAAGGGAUUUAAUCGCUACAUAGAUGCUGAAGAUGCUGAUAUUGUUUGUAUUCAAGAACAUAAACUCAAUGCACCUUCAUCUACUGCUGUGAAUGAUAAAGUGUAUAAGUAUCGGUACUGGGCUAUUGAUGAAAAAAAGGGUUAUGCUGGCGUUGCUUUCUUUAGCAAAUACAAGCCUGAGGAAGUUAGUUAUGGCAUUCCAGGCUAUGAAAGCACGACUCGCGGUAGAGUGAUUUCCUUGACUUUUCCCCAGUUUACGUUGAUUGGUUGUUAUGUUCCUAAUGCGGGUGAUAAGCUUGUCAGAUUGCCUGAGAGACAAGUAUUUAAUGAACAUAUGGAAAAAUACAUUCGAUCCCUUCAAAAAGCAGGCAAAUCUGUCAUUUGGACAGGUGAUUUAAAUGUGGCACAUACAGAAAACGACCUUGCUCGCCCUGAAACAAAUCAAAGAUCUGCUGGCUUCACUAUUGAAGAAAGAACAGACUUUAGCAAGGUGCUGAGUCCUUCUAAUCAGGAUCCUUCUUUGCCUGGAUUGAUUGAUACUUGGCGCCACUUCAAUCCUACACAAAAAGGCCAUUAUACAUUCUAUGGUUAUCGCUUUAGAUGCAGAGAGAAAUUGAUGGGAUGGCGUCUGGAUUACUUUACUGUUACACCAGACUUAAUGGACCAUGUUGUAUCCAGCGAAAUUAGACAUGAAGGCUGGGGAGCAAGUGACCAUGUACCUCUUGUCUUGACUUUAAAAGAUGUCAAAUUACAAUAAGUCUUUAUUUAAAUAAAUUGAUAUUAAGCUGCAUUGGGUUUUUGUUCAAUUUGGUCGGGUUUGAAUGACUGAUAAUUGCCAUUGGCAGGAACAAUAGGGGUGUUUAUCAAUGUAGGUGUAGUAACAGUAGAAGGAUAAUAGUUCUGUGCCGUAUAGUCUGGCUGCGUAUAGUAUUCUUGGUGAUCUUGUGGAUAACUUGCUGUAUUUAUGGUUUG